AAAAAAGAAAGCACACACUAACAGCACUAGCUUACAAACAUUAUAUAAUAAGGUACUUGCUUUGAUUACAAAGUAAGAUAUCUCUCUAUCGAUUUAAGAAAGUAAAGCUGAGCAACAACAAUGGGUUCUCUUAUGGCAGGAUGGGACUCUCGACACUUUGAUCCUAAAUCAGUCACACUUAAAAGGAAUCGCUCACUUACCAAAGAUGAAAUUGAUGCUUAUUGGAAAACAAAGAAGAAGAUAGAGGAAGAGCACCUUAAAGCCAUUUCCAAUCUACCAGAGACUAUUCAGGGUAACAAAUACAAGGAGCCUGAGAAGAAGCUUCAGAAGUCAAUUACCAUGCCCGUGGCCCAUGUACAAGGCUCCUUUGACAUCGAUGUUGACACAAGUUUGGAGCAUAUUAUUAAGAAAAAUGGCUGUUGGACCAAGAGUAGCUGGGCAUUUCUGAAUGAGCCUCCAGUGAUUGAAGCUGCGACAAACAAGUACACAUCACAGUUUCAUGUUGCAAACUUGGGAUCUUAAAAAUUCAACCCUGGAUAAGAUGGAAUCAGUGCUUGAUAUGAAUCUGAACUAUACUACUUAACCUUGUGAUUAUAUUAUACAUUGUAUGUAUUAAUCAGUAGUGGUGUCUGAAUUCAAAAAAAAAAAUUAGUAGUGGAGUAUAUGAGUAAUGUUGAACCGAUAGUGGGCUUUGUUCUUUGAGCCCAUGGUACUAUGUGAGAAAUUAAACUUGUAUAGUAUCAUAGAUCUGGGUGAUGGACCGGGAAAAGAAGAGAGAUCUUGGUGUAGCUCUUUUUUGUUGGUUGUACUUGUAGCUUUGCAAAUCAACAAUGUUCUGCGGUUGUAACUCCGGUAGAGUCAGAUGAAUCGUAAAAGAUGGAGCUAUUAGAUAAAAUGAAAAAAAUACGUACUAACAACUUGGUUCAGAGUUGUUUGCAGAAAUUUAGGGCUUGGUAUCAUUUUUGAAUGUUAGCUGCUUGUAUCAUCAUGAAUGAGCAUGUUUUAUCUACUUACAUUGCAUUAUCACA